AUUCGAUGCGUGAGCAACCUAGGUACAUUACUUGCCUCUAUGUAUCGACUCCCUGUCCCUUGAAGAGCCGGAAAGCUCAUAGAGUGUUCUUCCUACCGAGCCUACAUAAUCUGCAUCCUUGGCCAGUAGGUUUGCUGGGCCAAAUUGGAUUAGUUCAAUUGUUAAUAACUUUGGCAAUCCCAUCGAAACCAAGAUAAACCGGCAAGAUGGUGAACAUUACAGAAAAGAUUAAGGAGAUUGAGGAUGAGAUGAGGAGGACUCAGAAGAACAAGGCAACCGAAUAUCACCUUGGUCUUCUGAAAGGAAAGCUCGCCCGACUCCGAGCGCAGCUUCUUGAGCCCGGCCCCGGCGCUGGCGGUGGUGGUGGUUCUGGAUUCGAUGUUAGUAAGAGCGGAGAUGCAAGGAUAGCGCUCGUCGGGUUUCCAUCCGUGGGCAAGUCGACAUUUUUAUCGAAGGUCACGAAAACGAGAUCGGAGGUAGCAUCAUAUGCUUUCACGACAUUAACGGCAAUUCCUGGUGUGCUCGAGUAUGGUGGAGCCGAAAUCCAGUUACUUGAUUUGCCGGGAAUUAUCGAGGGUGCUGCAGAAGGCAAGGGGCGAGGACGGCAGGUUAUCUCGGCCGCUAAGACGAGUGAUCUGAUCCUCAUGGUUCUUGAUGCAACAAAGAAAGCCGAACAGCGCGCGCUGCUGGAGGCUGAAUUGGAGGCGGUCGGUAUUAGGUUGAAUAGAGAACCACCGAAUAUUUAUUUGAAGGUAAAGAAAGCAGGUGGCAUGAAAAUCACAUUUCAAAACCCACCGAAGAGGCUUGACGAGAAGAUGGUGUUUAAUAUCUUGCGAGACUCCAAGAUACUAAACUGCGAAGUGCUGGUGCGUGACGAGGAGGCAACAGUUGACGACCUGAUCGAUGUUAUCAUGAAGGACCAUCGCAAGUACAUCAAGUGCCUCUACGUCUAUAACAAGAUCGAUAGCGUAUCACUUGACUUCCUCGAUCGUUUGGCACGCGAGCCAAAUACGGCCGUCAUGAGCUGCGAGCUUGACCUUGGCGUCCAGGAUGUCGUCGAUCGCUGCUGGGAGGAGCUGCGCCUCAUACGCAUCUAUACUAAACGCAAGGGUGUCGAGCCCGAUUUGACCGAGGCUCUUAUUGUCCGGAGCGGCGCUACCAUUGAGGAUGUUUGCGAUCGAAUCCAUCGCACCCUGAAAGAGACAUACAAGUAUGCGCUGGUUUGGGGAGCAAGCGCACGCCAUGUCCCCCAACGUGUUGGUCUAGGACAUGUAGUAGCCGACGAGGAUGUAGUCUACAUAGUUAGUGCCUUCAAGGCUUAGGCUAAUCUACAUAUUCCCUGAACAAUUUCAUACAUAGCUUUUUCGAACUGCAG